AUGCGCACUCCUUUCGGUGGUUCUGGACCAAACACUGAAGAACCUCUGAGUGCAGGUGAGUCUGGUGUUGACAAAUCCGACGUUCAACCUGAUUUUUGUUCCAUUUCUCCCUCGGAAAAUCUUCCAUGCGCGCCUCUUGUUCAUGAUAUACCACCGUCAGUGAUUUCGGUGCCCAUUGUUUCUUUUGAGGAAUUCGCGACCCAAUAUCGGCGGCGCAAGCAGGCCGAGGCCCAAAAAUGGAAUCUGGAGAACCAUUUGCUUGCCACCAAGGUUUCGAUAUGUCUAACCUCGAGGCUUUUGAGAGCUGGCGCUACAGUCCAAAAAGGUCUGGUUGAAGUGUUUAAACAUGGAGACAAACCAAGCUUUAUUUCAAUAUAUAACACUAUCCAUGAUACCCAUGAUGUUUGUGAAGCUACCAGCCGCCCAACCUUACUCCCAAAUGGGCCGUCGGAGGAUUCCACCUCUUUGCAUCCGCAAAGAAACCGCCACUCAGGUUUUAUGCACCAGCUCAGCCUUCAGUGUAGGAAGGACCUUUUAGAAAUUCUUACAUUAAUCCGCACGGAUUCACAAUUUCUGGUUGAUCGCAUCACUGGUCUUUCUCCAUCCCAACUAUCGGCCCUAACUUCUUCCGUUGUUUGCUCCGGACCUGAGGAUCUGUUUUUAUCACUUCCCUCUUCUCGUUCCCGGAAUUCGCCAUCGUUUGUUAAGCGCGCUGGCCCCAGCUUUGUCCCGUUCAAGGAUCAUGCAUUGGCUUUUGAGCGUUCUGAUUCUCUUGCUGCACUUCUUUUUAAUGUGUUUGCCGUGCCAUUAGACUGGGACCUGGGAGAAUCGGAACUCCGCCUGGAUGUUUGGUCCUCAACAAGCGCUAAACUACUCAGUACCGGGGAUACCAAAUACCAUACCUUUGUCGGCCAUGUUCUGUCUUACUGGUCGCUUUGCAGUGAUUGGCAAGCCCGCCCAAAAAUUGAACUUUAUCUUAUGGAUGUCCUCCAGAAGGGUGCCUUCCUUCUCGAAAAUAUCGAAAACCCCGUGUCAAACCCGUAUGGAGUUGAGUCCCCGGACCCUUUAAGGACUGAUGCCGCCGAGGAAUUUUUUGAAACCGCUGUUCAGACUUUAUUUGAAGUUUUGGAUGAUUCUGAUGCUGGCCUUCCAUCUACCGCCCUGGAAUUUGGCAGUGCCAUUCUAACCAAAUUACCUGACACUGAGACUAAGGAUCGGUUUUUGGAGUACAUCUUUGUUCAAUGGCUCUUUGCGAAAUUUCUAUAUAACGCCUUGACUUUUCCAGAGAGCCAAGGCUUGCUCCUUGACUUCCACAUUAGCAAAGAAGCAAGAGAGAAACUCCUAGGACAAAUUGCUCUCCGAGCCCAGUCCCAGAUCUACCGGGUUCUGCACUCUGUUCCACAAUUCUCCACCGUUCAUCCCAAGGUGAGACAACAUGUCGAAGAUAUCCUUAAAAAGUUUGUGUUAGCCUCCAACAUGGCCACAAAUAUAACAUCUCAUACCUCUGGCGGUCCUCCUCUAACUACCGAAGAAAAUGUUUCUGAUUCUUCGCGCUUCCUAAUGCUCUCUGCCAUGGAUGUUGUUACGCUUCUGAAUGCUCUAUUUCCUAGGACCAACCAUAGCCAACAUGGAUCUCUAAACUCUCCGUUUACUGCUUUGGAUAUCUCACAAGGCGGCCCAAAGCGUGGAACUAUCCCUGCUCAUUGGUCUGGAAGAAUCGACACUGUCCUGGAACAAUCGACUCAAAAUAUCGACGCACAGAAACCCCCUCUAGAGAGCCCUUAUAACCGAAAAGCAGAGCUAAUUCGUUUCGAUCUGUCAGACAUAGGGGAAACAGAAGAUCGACCCAUCCUGGAUCACCCGUCAACCGAAGAUUGGACCGUGUUAACCAUAUCAGAUGAUGGCAAAUCAUUAACUUGGGAUUCCUCAACUACAAAUGAUUCUAGCGGCAUGUUUGAUGGCGUAUCUGAAGACGGUCACCGUUCUGUCACCAUCCAUCCGGAAGAGAAUUAUGAGGCACUUCAAACAGCUAUAGUAAGGCUAGUAAAUGAAUCGGAAAAGGCCAAGCAGCCCAUUAGGAGUCGUGCCACUGGUAUCCAUCAAUCUCGGAGCCUGUCACUAAAAAGCAGAUUUGACAGGGCACGCACGGCGUGCGAGAAUCGGUCAGAUUUCCUUGGUGCUCACUACUGGUGGACCGCAUCACAUCAUUUGGCCAAAAGUCUCUCCAAAUUAAAUAAACCUCCUCCCAAUGAUACAUGGGUUCUCUCACCUAUGCUCCGAUCAUCCAAUGAUGCAUUCACUCGAUGGAGUACUGUGAUCGACGAUUGCGAAGGAAGUCUAAUGACUCUUACCCCCAUCGUUGAUCAACUGAAAGAUCUUGCCAAGGACAAUCUGGCGCGCAUGGCCAAACUCAGGAACAAAAUGUGGUAUAUGACGGACGUCAAGAACUCGAUGCGGUAUGAAGACGCCAAACACGUGGCCCUGGCUUUGAAAACCAUGGUGUACCCGAACUUUCACCGAGAUAAUCCCAAUGAAUACCGCUCUCGUCAUGGGUCUCGGUAUCUUCCCGGAGCGUUUCUUCAAAAACCCGAGAUGCAGGUCAUGAACGUGAUGAAGGCCUCGAGUAGCCAAGGAGGCCCGAACAAGCUAAGUGACGAGCAGGUUGAGCUCACGCGGAAGUGGAUCACGCAUCACGGAAUUGACAACUUCUGCCGUGGGGAAGAGCGUAUUCAUCGAUUCUGCUAUGAAGUCAAGUCUAGUAUCAACAAAUUAGUUGGAGACACAAUGGCAGAAACACCGGUUCUUUGGGCAAGUGAGCUGUUUCAAAAAGAGCGAGCCAAGUUCGAAGGGCCAAGUAGCCGAAGCUUUCCUGGAAUCGCAAGUACCCCUGGAGCUCGACCUGUCAGUCAUGGCAGUGAUGAUGUCCUUCUCUCGACACAAUUCCCAAGCCUGGGCUCUCGCGCCACAGAGUCCUCUCGAUCACAAGACAACGCGCCAUUCAUGCAAAAAUUCUCUUACCAAACUCUAUCCUCGGAAAAAUGGCGAAGCUCGAAAAACGUUGAAGUUGAUACGAUAUCGUCUCUAGGCGGGUCCUCUACGAAAGCUGCAUCUACUUCGACAAGCGAUUCCUUCAGCACAUUCUGGUCACCAUUGCAAACUCAAGCCCAAUCAGCAGCAAGUGCUUCCAGUUUUCAGUCUCGCCCGCCGUCCAUGUUCAGUGAUGUUCCUACUCCGCGCCGCGUGGAACAAGUUGUUCAUGGCAAAACGGCUUUCUUAGAUGAGCUCCGACAGACAUUAACUAGCCUCCUAUUGAGUGACCUAGGAUCACCCGUGUGGAGCUGUGGCAGUGAGACUGAUGCCUGGUUCAUGAACUUCUUAAACCAGAAGCGCGUCCAAGUGCAAAUGAACAAAGAAGCCAGUAUUCAAAAAUUCCUGGUUGCUUCUGAAAAAAGGAUCCGCCAACGUACUGGCAGGCCGGUAUUUGGUCGAAAUUCCUUGCGGCAUCGAAGAACCCAGUCAGCAGAUUCAGUCCUUGGUAAAGAUGAGGUUUCUCCUAGAUUCCCGGCAGAGUCGGACUUCGACUCGUUAGCUGAGCAGUCCGUUAGAUCGGAUUUUGCGUACAAAGCUGCCUUCUCUCGGUUGCUUGAUGUUUUCUCGCGAAAUGCAAACCCAUAUGUGAAACUCGGAGCGUUGAGAGAUCUUCGGGCAUUGGUUGUCGCGUCUUUGAACUCGGCCAGUGAAAUUACAUCGGUCUCAAACAAGACAUCCACCGCCCGUAAUUUGAACUUGAUGGACAAUCCCAAUCUCAAACGUCAUAGCUUUGUCGAAACUCUCGCUGACGAAGAGUACCUGCGAACUCCCACAUCGCCCGUGCCAGAGUCCGUUGGGUUUGAAUCACGCCCUUCAUAUGACAUCCUGAGCACUUCGGAAAGCCAGAUUAUCAAGACAAUGAAGAGCCUAUUAAACGAACUGCAACCAAAGACAUUGUUUCGCGACUUGCAAUUUGUAUCUGCUUUUGUUCCCAGCGAGACGCUGAACAAGACCGACAGCGGAACGGCGUUCUUGCAAUUUGGUCUAGCAGCACUGUCUCUCAAAGACGAUGUCUGUUCCAGCAUGGUCGAACUGGCGGACAGAAUUGUGUCACAAGAGCUUAAUCAGCGCCAUUUGCAGACGUUUGAAACUACCUAUCGACCACAAGACCCCAUCGAAGAUGCGGCGAGGAUGUGGAUUAUCACUGCCAAGGAAGGUAACGCGGUGGCACAGCGUGAGCUUGCCAUCUUAUAUCUUACCCAUCCGGAAAUACUGCCGCGGGUGACCUUCCCCCUCACUCUUCCACGAGAUACAUUUAAAGCGGAGAUGAUGUACCGUCGUGACAGAGACUCUAAAUCAGACCCUCAAAGCAUGUGCCUGGCCCUGCACUGGAUGCAGCUGUCGGCUAGUGGAGGGGAUGAGUUGGCAAGGAAUCGUCUCCGUGAGCGAGAGGAAUUCGAGUCUCUUGUUUGA